UUGGCAUUUUACCCCUGCUCAGUAAGGCUGCAUUUGAGAUGCUGCUAGUGAAGUGUGGAAGCACCUCCUCUACAUUACCUGCGUACCAAAUGCAGCAGGUUGCAAGGCCUUACAAUGGCACGGAAUGAGCACUGCAUUCAAGCCUCCUUCCUGUAGAUGAUAGGACCAAACAAGGCGGUGUGAUGAACAUGCCACUGCAUCAAAUCUCUGUCAUUCCAGCUCAGGAUGUUACCUCUUCCAGAGUCUCCAGGAGCAAGACCAAAGAAAAAGAGGAACAGAAUGAGAAGGCUUUGGGGCAUUCCGUGAGCCGCUCUAGUAACAUCUCAAAGGCUGGAAGUCCAACCUCUGUCUCUGCCCCCCAUAGCUUCUCUCGGACUUCUGUUACACCAUCCAACCAGGACAUCUGCAGUUCCAGUGCAGUGUUUUCUGAGUGUUGUCAUCACAGUCCAGUGCAGUCUGCUGUUGUCUUGAAAAAUCCGCACUGCCAGAGCCCUCUGACACAAGGGGUCACUGUGACAGUAAUCUGUCAGGACACGUUACAUGCAGCAAAGAGAAACUCCCGUGGGCAGGAUCGGGGCCAGACACUCAGGUCUGCUAAGAAUGUAAAGCCCACCCGCACUCUGAAAUUCUCCAAGUCCCUCAAUGACGUGGACCAGAAGGCGCAGAGCACCAGCGAGUGCUUUGAUUAUGUGGAGCGAACACGCUCAGAAGGCAAACUGACCCCAAAUCAAGAGCAGUGUUUAAGGAUUAACAAAUUUCAUCUUAAAGAGAGGAAACCGCUGAAUCUCAGGCCUCUUUCUUUUAGCAAUUCUAAGCACUCCUAUAUCCCUUCCCUUUCCAACUACUCAAGUGCAUCGGGAGGAGCAGAGAACCACAGCGCUGUACAUAUCCCCCUGCUGGAGGACAAGGUGGACCAUGACUCCUCAAGGAGCAAAAAACUGUUGCGUUACCUUUUUUCCUUCUCCCACACCUCCAGCAUCAGCAGCCUGCAUAAAUUUCAUGAACUGGAGAGCUAUUCCAGUCACUUCCAAGCUGACAAAUCCUCCAGCAUGCUGGUGGAAAGCACGGACUUCUGCUCUGAUGAUAUGGGAGAUGAUGACGUCUUUGAGGACAGCACCUCAGUGAAACUCAAAACGAAAGAGCAGCGGGCACCGCUCUGUUCAGUUGAGAAGGACAGUGACCUUGACUGCCCUUCCCCCCUCUCAGAAAAGUUACCCCCUCUCUCCCCUGUGUCCACUUCGGGGGAUACCUGCAGGAUAUGUCACUGUGAAGGAGAUGAUGAGAGCCCUUUGAUUACCCCUUGUCACUGCACGGGAAGUCUUCAUUUUGUGCACCAGGCCUGUCUGCAGCAAUGGAUCAAGAGCUCGGACACGCGAUGCUGUGAACUGUGCAAGUAUGAGUUCAUCAUGGAGACAAAACUGAAGCCUUUGAGAAAGUGGGAGAAGCUGCAGAUGACAGCCAGCGAGAGGAGGAAGAUCAUGUGCUCUGUAACAUUCCAUAUCAUUGCCAUCACCUGCGUCGUGUGGUCUCUCUAUGUCCUGAUAGACAGGACUGCUGAAGAGAUUAAACAGGGACAAACUACCGGUAUUCUGGAGUGGCCAUUUUGGACUAAGCUGGUAGUUGUGGCUAUUGGUUUCACUGGAGGACUUCUGUUCAUGUAUGUACAAUGCAAGGUGUACGUACAGCUGUGGAAGAGACUUAAAGCUUAUAACCGAGUAAUAUAUGUACAAAACUGUCCAGAAACUAGCAAAAAGAAUAUUUUUGAAAAACCUGCACUAAUGGAGCCAAACUUUGAAAGUAAAGAAAUGUUUGGGGUUCACCAUUCAGAGACAAACUCUUCACAUUACACAGAGCCAGAAGACUGUGCUGCAGAAAUCCUUCAUGUCUGAUUGCUAGGUGGAAGGGGUGUUUCUGUAUGUCCUUGAAGAUUUGAAUAUCAUUGUUUACUGCAAACUGCUCUACCUUUUUAAAAUCAGCAAACAGCUGAAGGCUGGCGGAUGAAUUUUUUACAUUUGUCUUUUUGUUGGAAUUUUUUUUAAUCCCUUAGGCAUAUCUGUCCAUGUCAACAUGGUUGCAUACCUCUCAACAUUUUGUGUCUCAUACUGGCUGAUCAAAGAGCCACAGGAUAUUGGGUAGAAUGAGCCUUGGGUUUGGUAUCAAGGAAGCUGCUAGCGAGAUGUCAUCAACUUCAUGGAGUCUGUUACUUUCGAACACAACUCUUAAGUGAUUCUGGAGGAUGUGUAGUGUGGGGUUGGUUGGUUGGUCUGUUCUUUAUGUGUGAUGAAGGAGGUUGUCCCAGACAGUAAGAGAAAUGAGACAGAGAGAGUCUAAUCUACCACUAACACUGCCACUAACAUUGUGUCUUAGGCAGCAGGUGUAAAAUUUUGCUUUACAUAUUGCGAUAAGACUUACAAAGCAUAUAGCACUUUUAAAAAUCUUUAUUUUGUGAUAUGUAUGUCAAAUGAGAAUGAAACUUGAAAGAAUGUGUCAUUUUUGAAACAUUUCUUCAUUCUUUACCCAUCUAUUCUUCUAGAACAUAAACCUCUUGCCUUAUGAAAAAAAAAAAUUUAAAAAUCUCAGCCUGUGAUUUCCAACACAUGCCCACAUUAUCUUACUAAACAUAACACUAAAAAACCCUGCCUCUUUGGGUUUCCUUUGAGGAGCAAUUGUCUUUCAAGGAUAUUGCACUUGUGACUUGUGUAUGGGAAGUAGUGGAUGUGUACAAUAUUUGUUUUCAGUUGUUUCAGUGCUCUGUUUUGGGGAUUGGUUUUGAUUUUUUUUUUCCAACAGGUCAGAUCAUCAACAUACCUGCACAUAUAUAUCUGAUGUAACUUUCAUUCCAAACCACUGGCAAAGGGUCUGUUGCUAUACUGAUAAAAAUGUGAGCUGUUACAGAAAAAAAGGAAACUUAGUCAAUACAGCAGAAACUGAUUUUCUUUCUUUAGUGCUGUGUCAUGUGUGAAUUACCCAUGAAUUUGAUGUUGUCACAAGAGAUGCUGACAUCCAAGUCUAGGAAGUAAAUAUCACAUUAAGUGGAUAAAUUUAAAAUACCUGCCUGAUGUGAUGCACUGUGUGGUCAGAGAGUAGUAUAUGUCUGUGCUUUUGAAUUUGGGACUGGCUUUUUAAUCAGUCAGCUUUCAUGCAAAGAGAGGGACAGCUUUAAAAUCUGUUUGCAAGGCUUUAGACAGAGUUACCCAAAGCCUGGAGUGUCUGCAGUUGAUUUGUUUGUCCAGUCUGUUUCACUGCACCACUGUCCAGCUUUAAGCCCUCAUUUAACCAAAGUCUCAGUGUGACUGGAGCAGGAAUGAAGCCCCACAAAAAGUCAGCACAUGAGGCCUCUGCAUUUGAAAGCUGACUUUCCCUACCUGAGCCCUGUCUAAAUCUCUGUAAAGUCAAUGAUGAUGAUAUGGCUGGUUUUAGUCGGAGUUGCCUGGACUUCUCAGGUAAAAGUUUCUGUUUACUUGUUGAGAUAGUGAACUAAAUUCUGAGCUCUAGUUCAAGUUUCACUUAGUAUUUUUGAAGUACAACUUUGGGUACAUUCUUUUCAUAGCAAAAGCAGCUGCUUUAAGACUUCUUAAAGUAUAACAGUAAGAGAUCAGGGAUUUUUUUCCUUAAAAUGUAAUAUUAAUUUAUUUCUAAAUCAAUAUUUUAAUAGAAGGCAGGGAAGGGACUAUGGUAAGAGAACACUUAUCCCAGUGGUUUCUAGAAGCUGUUACAGGAAAAGCACAUGUGCCUCUGUCACUUCAUGCUUGAAGCUUACUGUCUGUGAUCUUCAUGAACAUGGUACUUUGUUCUUGAGAUGUGUUAAAACAUCCAGACCUCUGGGCAGUCCUGGUAAAGCUGCACUGGCAUGGAUUUGUGUACUGUACUAGCUGUCAGGAUGUCCCGUGCUUAAGUGAUACAGGCUGACAAACCCUGCAUACCCUGCUAGUAUCAGGGCAGUCUUUGUGACCAUACACUGCAGAGUCUGUUGCCUGUGCCUGCCAUAAUUUAAAGUGCAAUUACUCAAGACCUUUCCUGAACUCUGCUGUGGGUGAUCCUCUUCUAUUACGAGAACCCAGAUAAUACACUGUCUCAUUUUGUUUUCUGUUUGUUCUGUGAAAGAUUCACUAGAUAAACUCAGGUGGGUUAAAUAUCAGGUCUUGCACACCUUCAUGAUGUUCUUCUGAAAUACCCAAGUGCACAAGGCCUGCACGUCCGCAAGAUGCUCGCGUUAACAGCUGCAAGAUGCGCAGAAUCAGCUGCCGAGUGAUGCUGUGUGCGUUCUCAUCCCACAUGUGGCCGGUGGGUGAAGAGAAGAUGGACAAGUCCUGGUAUGAAACCUGGCUGUUCUCCAGCUCACACCUGAGAGGCUCUGGUGUGUGAGCAAUGUUCUGCCAUCGCUGAUACAGCAUACCGUACCUUGCUGGUUCUGCUUCAGUCACUGUUGUACGUGAUUCUGGGUGAACCAUUGCAAAAUCUCAUUUGGUGUUUUGGAAGCUGCAUGUGGAAUGUGCCAGGUAGUGUUCAGUGUAUUCAGGAUACUGAAGGUUUUUGCUGUACCCCUGAGUAUCUUAACUUGUAAAGCAAAAUCACCCCCAGCAAAAUUGCCUGGGAAAAAAUAUUUGUGAAUGAAAAUGUUUUAGCAAGUGUUGCUGCUAACAAUUCCCUCUCCCAGCAGAUCUUUUCUGAAUGAAAAUUAAGGCUUAUUAUUUAAACUCUUUAUACUGCUUAGGAAUGCUUAUACCAGGAGGGGCUGCAGAAGAGAUCCAUCUGUCAGGGGGUUUCAUUUAUGCUGGUCACACUUCUCAUGCUGAUUCUUGCUUGGUAUUAAUGGUGGGCUUCUGGAGAUGCAGUUGUCUGCUUCUGCAUGGUGCCAUCAAAUGUUUGAGAAGGCUGAAUGGUGCUUUUUUCUUCUUUCUCCUCAAGAAGAUACUGUUGACUUUUUUCAGCUUCCAGCUGUGAGGCACUGAUGCCAGCUCAGGUGAGCUCUGUCUUUUCUGUUCAGAUGUCAGUAAGGGGAACAACCACCCCCUGUUAGAUCAGGCUUUCCAGUACUUCCUUCUGGCAGCUUUUGAAAUUACUGAAAUGGAAGCCUGGUCCGUGUACCUUGGCCAAAGUUAGCUUGGGUUACCCUGGGACUUUCCUGAGACCAGAAUUUAAGUAGGACGGAGCAUAGGCUUAAUGCCAUCUACCACAAUCCCUUUCCUAGGUUGCCAGAGCUUUGCUGAUACGUCCAGUGUGCCAGAUAACUGACCCCAUUCUACUGAUGGCACUCCUGUCCAAAAAGACACCAUCUGGGCCAAGGAAGUUCCCCUGCUGUGUCACAUUUGAUGAAUCUGUCAGGUCAUGAACGUGCGUUAUGUUAGAAAUACAGGUGUGUGCUGCAGAGGGCUGAUCUUGUGUAAGAGCUGAUGAGAUGUUAAAUUCCUGUGAAUUUCCAGGAGGUUUUUCAACUGUAAGCCUGUAUUUUGGGAGUGAGAGUGGUGCUUAAAACGUGUUCUGAAGAGAUCGCCAGACCCUGGGACAACACCCUCUGGUUAAAUAUCAUUGAGAUUGGCUUUGCUUCAGCAAGGAGGCGUUCAGUGAAAACUGAAUGAGCCUGUGAGGGGUUAGAGAAGUACCGGGCCUCUGUGCUGUACCUGGGAAUUCCUGGGAAGCAGCUGUAACUCUGUUCAAGCCACCCCCCCGUACUGAUCAGAGCACAAGUUGGCACUGUAGGGAAGGGGGCUGCUUUGCCUGCCACUCGUGGGACACCUUUGAAGUGAUGCAUGGAUGUGGCCAUGCACAGGAGCUGGCUGCUUCAGCCCUGUGUGUGGCAGACACUGUAAAUAUUGCAAAGUGGGAACCAGGUCCAAAUUUCUCCUAAAGCUGAUGUGUGUUAAGAUACAGAUUUCUGGUGUGGUCUGCUCUGGAGACUGGCCAGCAAUGAAAAGGGGGAGGUCAUUGACUCUGGGUUGGGUCCCUCUCAGAUAUGGGUGAAACAGGGCAAAUACAAAAGCAAGGAUAUUGCUGGCUGGAUUUCCUUAGUGUUGUAUUAGAUACGCAAAGAAAAUUUCUAAGUGGGACCUUUUAUUUUGUGAUUAUCUUUUAGUUUUGAGAUAUUGCGGUGUCUGUAUAUUCCAAUGAAGUACUGAAAGCACUUGUCUUUGUAUAGAAGAUAACUGUUUAAAAAUUGCAGCUAAUCUUGUAUUUCGGAAAAACAUUUGUAGAUAGGUAAUUGUAUAAUGUUGAAGAACUUUACACUGGCAUGUGUUGUAUAGUUUAUACAAGACACUUCAUACUUCUGCAGAAUUUUUUAGUUAUUAAAUUUCUAGUAACUUAAUGUAUAGUUUUGUAUCCUUUCAUGUAUGUUCGUUUUCUCAGUAUUACCACUUGCAGAGUUAUUUUUAGUUUCUUAAACUGUAAUUGGUUAUAUGUGUGAUACACAGGGUUAUUGACUGCAGCAAUAAAGUGUUUCUAUAAAAAAAACAGAAAAACCCAAACCCAUUAUAGUAUCCAUUUUGUUUGAAAAAGCAUGGAGAGAAAAAUUGAGCUCUCCCAUAGUUAAGAUGAUGAUCAAAACACAGACCUUGAUGGCUCUUCAGUGUAGCAGACCAAUGCAGAGUAGCAUCCCAUGAUAAUUCAAUGAUAAAAUGAUCCAUAAUGAUAAAGGCAUUGUAACCAUGGGAAUAAUUGGGCAGCUCCUUCCAUGCAGGUGCUUUGGACUCAAAUACAGGAAUCAUGGGAAGAAUUUUCUGGCUUCUGCCAUGCAGGAGGUGGGGAGAGAAGAUUUCCCAUGGGCCUUAAAAUCUGACCUUCCGGAAUCAACACUGCUUGGGGCAUCAAAUGCUUCGUGUCUGAAGUCAGCAUUUUCACAUGCAUCUGUCUAGAGGUGCAGAGCAGAAGAUGCUCAUUGCUAUGAUUUUCCUCUAGGAAUAAUAUUAAUUUUGUGUACAGAAGAGGAAAUCUUUAGCAGUUUCACUAGAAUACAUUUCUAGCACCAGUAGGUGAAGGAAACUGCACUGCUGUGAGAGAGCUUGUUAAAAAGGCAUACACACCAGAGAGCAAGGACCUGGAGAGUUGUAACAGACACAAGGGGGCUCAAAGAAAAACUUUGCCUGUCUAAGUUGGAAUCAAUUUUUCAUUUUCUUUUAUGUAAGGAAGGGAAGGAAAUCUUUAAAUCGGCAACCCUGAAGAGAUGUCUUCCAUGUAAAACAAAAAAGUCUCUGUCCUAUAUUCCCUUAGUACAGAAAGUCUGGCUGUAGUAAAUUAAGCUACUUACAUAAAGUUUGGAAAUCCAACAAGACCUCUAUACAAAAAUACCCUCCUGGAGAGAUGAUAGGAUAAUUUCCAGGGCCUGCUGUUUGACUGGCAGUCUCUGAGAUGAAAAGCUGAUAAAUGGUUUAAGGAACAGAGCCCGCAAAGCCAUCUGGCUGCCAGUUAAAAAGUGUUCCUUGUCUUGGGCUCAGGCAUCUCGAGUUAAUUAUAAAUUAACUUACUUCCCCUUGUAAACCUUAUUUUCAUCUGAAAGAGUAUUACUGUCACUGUGUGAAGUGUGUCCAUCUCUGAGGCAGAGAACAGCAUUGGCUCAGCAGCAUAUGGCACAGCUGUGACUCCAGAACAGGAUUUUUCAUCUGGUCCCCAGGAGCUGGAGCUGUCUGGUGAGUAGGUACUGGCAUCUGGCUGGCAGGACCAGCAUGAGCAGGGCAGAAGGAGGCAGCUGGGAAGCAGAAGGGAAGCGUUUUGCAAGAUCUGUGGGUGCCCUGUGGAGGCUACAAAGAUGUCAGAAGAUGCAACUCCAGCUGCUGAUUCUUAAAACCAAUUCUUCAAAAGCCAGGCUUGUGCCUGCACUGCUGCUCAGCCCCCUGCACUACAGCAGGAACUAGACAUCUAUCCCACUUCCCACAGCCACCCUGUGGAGCAGUUUCCUAUCAGCCACCCCUCCAUUUCAGAUUUCCCUAUCCCUAGUGUGUUACCCAUCUCAUGCUGCACUUGUCCUUUCCUUUCAGUCUGCUUGUGCAACCCGAAUUUCCUUCCUCUUGCCCCCUUCUUCACUUGCCUCUGGGCCAGGCUGGCUGUGAGGGUUGUGCUAGGAUGUACCAAAUUGCAGACAAUGUGUGAUUGAUAGGAAUGACCAUAGAAGUACCCAAAAGCAACACUAAAUAAGAAAUAAAUAAGUAAUAAAUAAAUGCAAAUAAAGGUUAGUGUCCACUUGUGAUCCCAGUUUUUCCUGUAAAUCCUCAGGCUCCAGUGGCUGAUGCGUAGGAUACUCUCUGACAUUUUGGCAUUGUAUUGUGUACCACAAUACAGCAGAAGAGGAUGAUUUUUCACUGCCUUGGGAUGGAUAUAUAACAUAAGAAAAUCAGGCAAGAAUAUCUCAAUAUAGAACAAGAACUGAACAGAGGAAAACUCAGUUCAUCUUGGCUAGAUGGAGAAAGGAGGCAGAGGGAAAAAAAAAAAUCAAAAGAGCCCUGGACAGAGGAAAUGGGUAAAUUCAGUGCAUUAUACAGGGCAGAAUAAUUGGAAAUGUAAUAUUGCUUAGGCAGGGUUGAGUGAUGGCAAACUUUAGGAAUACCCUUUAAAGUGCAUUCUAGGAAGAAUGGUGUCAGAUGAACUGAAAUCUGAAAAUAGAGAGUAGACUUUGAGAGUAUUAGGGAGAUAAAUGAAGUUGUCUCAAAGGCUUUAACAUCAGAGGAGGGUUUGAAAUAACUGAAUAAAACACCAGAAGGCUGUACAGAACAGAGGGGGGGAAGAUCACCACUCAGGGUGUGUUCAUUAAAUCCUGAAGCUUCAAGGAAUCAGGCUUGCAAUUCCUAACAUUUUUAGACUUUGCUGAAACAAACCUCCCAGUCGAUUUUGCUGGGACCGCCUUGCUGUGCCAGGUUGUUCUGAUACUGCCUCAGAGGCCACCUGGAAACAGACCAAGCAGGCUUAGGAGAAUGUAUCGCUGUUAGAGCUGUAGGGUCUGGUGCUGGGACAGCAGGUUCCUUUGUCGUGGGAAACAGUUAUCCUUGUGGUUGGGAAAGGAGAGGAAAUGUCUUGGGCUGGUGACUUGAUCCCAGCUGCAGAGCACAACUGUCUUGGAGAUCAUGUCAUUCAUAUCUGCUAUACUCCUGAGCACCCAAAAUAACUCACCAAGUACUGUUGUCCCUUUCCUACAGAUAAACUCUUCAGAGCUUGGCUUGCCACUUAUUUUGCUCUCAUGUUUACUUUCAUGCUUUGAAAGUGCUGUAUUAAAAGAGAACUGAUUCUAAUAAUGGGAUUAUCUAAACCAGUAUUUCCUCAUGCCAGCAAGUUGAUGCUUUAUCCUAAAACUGCUUUCAGGACUGUGUUAAAUUCAUGGUGACAUUUAAGCAGUUGAUGUACACCAGAGAAAUCAGGUAUAAAUUAAAUCAAACCAUUCUAUCUAGCAGCCUUCUUGGAGCCUUGGACCAAAUCAAGCUGUGGUAGAAGUUAGAGGUAUUGUUUCAAGGAUUAAUUUUAACGUGCCUGAUGUUGCACAAGCCUCUAUCAGGACUCUACCUUUGCUGCUUGGGCUUAGGAAUUUUCAGCAGUUUUCGGUCACCCACUGCUGUUCUAAUUUAAUGCAGUUGUCAAAUGCAUGCAGCACAAAAUGAUACCUAAAGAGCAGCCACUAAUGCAGCUGUAUUCCUUUUGUUUGCCUUGUCUGUGGCUUACGUGUCCCAUGCCUUUGCUCUGCCCUCCUCUUCAGCACUGUCACCUGCACAGCCUCAAGCUGUGGUUUGGGGAGGGAAGCCUGAAGGCACAUUGCUUUCUCUCUGCCUCCCUCCUCUCCUUAAGUGCCAGAGCUGCAUGGCUACAUCUGCAGAGGAACGAGAGGAUCUGCACAUUUAGGGGGAAGUGUUGAGGUCAGGCAGUUCCAGGUCCCGUGGUGCUCAGGGCUGAGGGAGGUGUCCUAACAUCAUGUUAACUGGGAUAAAGGAUCCAAGGAGCACCAGCUCAUAAAGAGGGUAGGAAGUUCAUGGGGAUAGAGAGACUCUCAGCCUCUUGCAGCCUGGAUAGUCCCUUGCAGAAAAGAUAUAAAGAUACUCUUAUUAAGUGUUGAUGUAGCAGCCCUGCUGAGGGUUGUGUGAGAUUCAACUGCUGUCAGAAUUGCCACUGCCUGGAUGGCAGAGCAAGGACACCGUGCUGAGCUUUGCAACUCCAGAGUUCAUUACUGGUCACUGAGGUGGGACAGAGGCAGCUCUAUGAACAUGGAGGGUUUUUUCUGCCCAUUUCGGUGGAGUAAUAUGCAAUUAGUACCCAUAUGUUCUCAGCUAUUAAACUCAUGCCCCUUAGAUUAUUUAUGUAGCUUGGAAAGUUCUGUAGGCUCUGCUGCUCCUCUCUGUCAUUUGUUAAUUGCUGCAUUGUAUCAUUCCUCCCUACUCCCAGUCCUUAUUAACAUAGGGCCAUCUGCCUGCCCCAACUCCCUGUAACCUCAGGAGGGCUGUAAGGUACGAGAUCUUCACAGAACAGCCUUGUUUUCCACUGGCACUGUGUGAAGGCAAAGAGGGACGGCAGCUGACUUCUGCUGUGAGUUUCCACGUAGUAAAUCUGAGGGAUGUUUAGGCAAAGGGGAGCUGUGAGAAAGGAGCAGCAAAAUCUGGCAGUGUAGGUGUGCCCCUUGCAGGCAGCUGUCCUGCACAAACAGCCAGACCAGGAAUAGCAGCUGCUCAUGUUUUAAGGGCCCGAGUUCCCAGCUGCCUGCAUGUGGCUGCACAGAUCCUGCUGCCUUAGUGAAACCCUCUUGGAGAGGAGCGAGGUGUUUGGGCACAGGUGGUGCAGAGAACAAUUCCUGCUUCCCCAGGGAAGGGUGUGGGUCUCCUUAAGAGUGAAAUAAUGUACUCUCUGGAUAAAAUGGUUGAGUUUAGUUUUUGUGUAUCCUGCAUUUUGUCUGGCAGGAUUUCGACAAAGUGUUUGAAAUUAUGCCAAAAGUAAAAGUUAUCAAUAAUCUUUGAAUGUGGACCUCAUGAUAAAAGUGAGAAGUGCUAAAAGAACAGACUUGAAAAAGAGACAUAGCUGUGAAAAGGCUGGCGAGACACAAUAAAUGCAUUCCUACAACUUUCCUGUACAGGACUGAGCUUAUCUGGUAUUUUUUAAUGAGUUUGUAAAAAGAGUUGUAACAUUAUAGGGAGACUCCCAGUCACAUCUUUGUACAGAAGAGCCUCAAAUGGUGUGAAAACAGAACUCAUCACUCAGGGGAAUGGAAUUGUGUUCAAAUGCUACAACAGAGCUGGAAUGCAAAGAAACAUGGAAACCCACUGAUCAAGAUUUGAACACCACUUUGUUCCAUGUUUGCAGUGAAAAUGAAGGUGUCUAGAAAGAGUCUUCAGGUAUAACAAAUCUGUUUCUGAAGAACUUGAUAUGUUAAAAGGGUUUCAGAUAUCUUUCAAUGAAGGCUGUGAACCUAAAUUUAGAAACUUUAGGACUAACAGCUCUUGUGCAAAAAUGAAACGGAACUGUGAGUUCUUCGAAAUCUUUUGUAAAGGAAGGGGAAAGCAAGGAAGAUCUGACUGGGUUUAUGGUGCACUGCUACGUGGUAACAUUGUCCAUCCAAGUGAUCACAGUGCAGGACCAAGGACCCCUUGCUGCUUAAAUCUCAGGAGGAGAAAUCAGAUCUUCGUGCUGGGACUCUGCAGCUACCUCAGGUUGACUCCUAUGAUGUGACUGUGGAAGAAGACCUUGGAGAAAUUCAGCUAAUAAAAAUUGAGAAACGGAAAUACUGGUA